AUGAUCGGUUCAUUAUUGCUGUUCGCCCUAUGGGCCGGGGCUUCGCAUCAGAUCCCGUUACUCGGCAGCCGAGAGAAUGACAAGGCCUCGGGGCCGCUCCGUUUCAGUAGUAAUGGGGAUUUCAAGAUUUCGAUAUUUGAGGAUUUGCACUUCGGAGAGGACGCCUGGUCUUUUGGGCCUGCUCAGGACAAGAAGACCGUCAAAGUCAUGAAUGACAUACUCGACGGAGCAAAGCCUGAUCUUGUAGUUCUGAACGGCGACCUCAUCACCGGAGAAAACGCCUUCUUGGAAAACGCCUCAUUCGUACUCGACACGCUUGUCCGUCCAAUGCUGGACCGCAAUCUUCCCUGGGCCAGCACGUACGGAAAUCAUGACUACCAGUUCAACCUCUCUGGAAGUGACAUCCUUGCCAGAGAGAAGCAGUGGUCCAAUGCCCGUACUCAGAGCAUGGUGUCAGGCGACGUCGGCGUUACCAACUACUAUCUGCCGGUCUACGCGUCAGAUUGCACGAAGGAUGACUGCACUCCGGAGGUCUUGCUUUGGUUCUUCGACAGCAGAGGCGGGUUCAAAUACCAGCAGAAGGACUCGUCAGGGAAGCAGGUGGGAAAUCCCAACUGGGUUGACGAGAGCGUUGUUUCGUGGUUCAAGUCGACCAACUCAGGCCUGGUCGACAAGCACAAGAAGAAUAUCACUUCCCUUGCUUUCGUUCACAUCCCGCCCGACGCGUCUCUUGGCGUUCAGAACAAGGGAAUCGACCCAUCAAAACAGCCCGGUAUCAAUCAAGACUCGCCGCUCUCUCGACAGGCUGAGGGAUGGUGCUCGGACGGAUCUCAGAAGACUUCAUGCAGCUACGGAGGUCAGGACAAAGCAUUCAUGGAGGCAGUCACGGGAACACCGGGGAUGCUUGCAGUUUUCAGCGGCCAUGACCACGGCAACAGCUGGUGCUACAAGUGGGAUGGCGCCGUCGACGGCGUAAGCGUGAAAGGAACCGGUGUAAACCUCUGCUUCGGUCAGCGAUCCGGUUACGGAGGCUAUGGCAACUGGAUACGGGGAAGCAGGCAACUGCUUCUGAAGCGAGAUAACCUGUCAAAGGGUAUACUGGACACCUCGAUUCGUCUGGAGUCGGGAGACGUGGUUGGUUCAGUGUCCUUGAAUUCCACGUACGGGCAAGAUCAGUAUCCAGUCACACCUGAUCAGCGGACUUGA